GCUGCUAGGUCGUGGCCUCCAUCACAUUCAGCCCCCCGAAAUUUUCCGAGAGUCAACUUUUGCAAAAUGCGUCUACUUGGGUUUUCGUUCGGGUUGCGAGUGUCUUAUUGUUGAAACUAUUGCACUCAGGCUAGCAUAACGGAAACCUCAAACUGGCCUAGGUAGCGUUGAAAAUCACGAAAUUGAUAAGGAUCUAUCAGGAGACGAAACACUCUUAGCAGUUAACACGAUCAUGCCAACUUCUUGAGACCUUUAUGCCCGUCUUACCAUAUUGCAAAGAAGACACAAUUACAAAGUGGUUAGCCCCCCCCCACAAACAAAAAAUCCCCAUACACUAACUUUCACACAUUGGUCAUUUAAAAACACAGCAGUCUAAGGUAAUUGCAACGAAUGCACGGCUAAGAAAUAUAAAUUAAAUUACACAAGAAAUGAGAAGCAUUGCAUAAAUACACAUUAUCCAUUCAUCCAUUCAUAAUUAGUUUGUGAAAAUGAACAGCCUAAUAAAAAAACGUUUGUAAAGGAAAACAUAUAUUCAAAAGCAGCAAAAUACAGGGUAAGUUCUGUUUCAAGUAGUCUUCAACAUUUUACCCAUCAAAGAAUUUGUCCUGGUCAUCCAUGGCGAGUUGGUGAUCACUGCUCAAUAACCGCUCUCAAAGAGACAAUGCAAAACCUGCUGCAUCUUCGAUAUUUGUGGCACACUGGCACCCCUUCACGUUAUGAUGCACAUGACCUGCUUCUGGGGAUCAAUAAAGUAUCAAUUUGCGCAUGCACAACUGUAUUUGUCGUGGGCUGUUGCUCAGGCACGCAACUGUGUUUCAAGGGCGGGCGGACAGACAGACAGACCAUCCAUCCAUCCAUCCAUCAGUUGGUCAGUCAAUCGCAUGGCGCUGAGACGAGGACACGUGAGGUACCUGAAGGUGUGCGAGGUGCAGGCGUCCCAGAAGGAUAUCAGAGACGCUGAAGGAGCCGGCGGAGCAAAGGUGACUUUGCACAGCGGGGCGCGACGGCCCGCCCAUGUCCAUGUGCUUGAUAAUGUCAUGACGCUUUGUCCGCAGGAGAUGUACGACAACGGCUAUGGCGAGCACGCCGCCGAGGACGACAACGCCAGAACCAACCUGAUCGUCAACUACCUGCCGCAAAGCAUGAACCAGGAGGAACUGCGCAACCUGUUCAGCAAUGUCGGCGAGGUGGAGUCGGCCAAGCUGAUUCGGGACAAAGUCGCAGGAAACAGUUUAGGUUACGGCUUUGUUAACUUUGUUAACGCUAGUGAUGCCGAGAGGGCAAUCAGUUCCCUCAACGGCCUGAGGCUUCAGUCUAAAACCAUCAAGGUGUCGUACGCGCGUCCCAGCUCAGACACCAUCAAAGAUGCCAAUCUGUACAUUAGCGGCCUGCCGCGCACCAUCAGCCAGCAGGACCUGGAAGACAUGUUUUCUCGCUACGGGCACAUCAUCAAUUCCCGUGUGCUGGUGGACCAGGCAUCAGGUCUGUCGAGGGGCGUGGCCUUCAUCCGAUUCGACAAGAGGGCUGAGGCGGAAGAGGCCAUCAAGGAGCUCAACGGGCACACGCCGCCCGGCGGUUCCGAGCCCAUCACGGUCAAGUUUGCCGCCAAUCCCAACCAGGCCAGGAACUCUCAGCUUGUCUCACAAAUGUACCAUGGCCAAUCGCGACGCUUCGCUGGACCUGUGCACCACCAGACACAGAGGUUCAGGUUCUCUCCAAUGAGCGUGGAGCACAUGGGCGCAGGAGGAGGAGGGGCUUCGGGAACCCCGUCAGGAUGGUGCAUCUUCAUCUACAACCUGGGCCAGGAAGCGGACGAGGCCAUGCUGUGGCAGCUCUUCGGACCUUUUGGCGCCGUCAGCAAUGUCAAGGUCAUCCGUGACUUCAGCAGCAACAAAUGCAAAGGCUUCGGCUUUGUCACCAUGAACAACUACGAGGAGGCGGCCAUGGCCAUACACAACCUCAAUGGCUACAGGCUGGGGGACAAAGUCCUCCAGGUGUCCUUCAAGACCAGCAAAGGACACAAGUAGACCCCAGGUCCCAGCUUGUUGCUCUCUUUCUGUGGGGCUUACCUUGUCCACCUGUGGAGCGUACGCUCAUUUUGGCUGUCCUGAGCUCAACUCGUUGCUUUGGUUUCACUUGUCACAAGGGCAAACCCUUCUCAUCCACAGACUACAUUUCUCCCCACAAUGUUGCUUGUUUCUCUCCAAACCACCUCAGCUCAAUAAAAACCCAUCCCAAAAAUCA